UUCAGGCGGGCUGGUCAAAAGCAAAACAGAAACGCUCUAGUCGACUGUUGCGUAACAAAACUAACUUUAACUUAUCUAGAUAUCGUUGUUAACAGUUUAAUUGACUGUAAUAGACACAUUCCACUCGGUGAGUGACCGGACGUAUGUUAGCAAUCGAAACUAAUACAAAGUUAGCUUCUACAGCUAGCAAACAUUAGCUCGUGUUCACGUAACAGUUAGUCUAACGUUGGCUUAAUAUAAAGCUCUUAACUUAACAAGCAAUGGACCGACCAUCAAGGAAGACAAAGGUUGUGAGUUACUCUGAGGCAAACGACUUUAAUGAUGAUGAGGAUUUUGCCUGCGUGAAGGCUCCACCCAGCAAAAAGCCCAGGGAGAGUGUGAAACAGGAGCACAAGAAAUCAUCAAGCAAGUCCUCCAGUCAGGAGUCCAACUCACAAUCCACCCUGAGCCAGAAGAACAGAAAACCAUUGGACGUGAAGUUGUACGAAAGAGAUCUAGAAGCAGCCAUUACACUGUCCUUGCUCAAUAAUGCAGGUGGGAUAAUGGACCAGCCUCUCAUCAGUAAAGGAGAUGUCAUGGUUCAGGUUCUGGCAGAUGAAAACACAGAUCCAGCAUCUGUACACCUAUCCAACUGCAGUGUGGAUUUGACAGUUUUGGGCCUGGAUGAAAUCACAUCAGAGUCACCUGCCCGUUCCAAGGAGAGAAAGGCCGCCACUAAAGCCACUGAGGAGCAGAAGAAACAGUUUACAGAUGAAGAUGAAGACUAUAAGCCCAAGCUGACACCAGAUUCAGAAAGUGAUGAAGAUUUCAGUGAAGCGUCUGAGAGCGAAGAUGAGGAAUUCACAGUGAGGAAAGUCAGCAAAGCAAAAAAGUUGGAGAAAGUAACCAAGAACGAGAAGACCAAACUGCCUCCUGCCUCUAAAAAGGAAAAGCAACCAUCAAAAGCGUCAAAGUCGAAAUCACAGGCAGCAGCAGCUCCCACUCCAGUGAGAAGUCCUCCAACAGCCAAAAUUGCCCCCAAGAGGCCUGCUACGUCCUCAACAGUUCCUACAUCAAGACCUGCAGUAUCUGUGAGCCCAGCAGGCGGCAGAAUACCAAAAUGGAACCCACCAGCUCAAGUAGGUAAAAGCUCCACGUCAUCUGGUCCAGCCGUGAAGUCUCCAGGUCAGGGUCUGCGGCUGGGACUGUCCCGUCUUGUCCGAGUCAAACCUCUUCACCCCAGCGUUGCAAGUCACUGACCUCUCCGUGGUUGCCCCUGUAUGUGUCAGUUUGUGUUUGCUUUUAGCUUUACUUUUUAAAAAACAUGCUUGUACAUAUUAAUUUCUACUUUAAUGACUAAACAUAUAAAGUGAUUCCAGUGAUGCUCUCAGCACUGGGCUAUCACAUCACUUUCACGUCCAGCUAUUAUUUCACCAUGCUUUGUAAAAAGGUCAUGAAACAGUAAUGGGGUGUGCUGUGUUGACUCGGGUCUAAGGAUGUUGAGAUAUCAUUAACAGCCCCAGGGGGUGUUUACAUUAGGGAUGAACCUCUGUUGGCUUGACUGCCAUAUUGACACAGUGUGAAUCUUCCCCUUGUUUUUAAGUCUCAUUAUCUUCUUCCGCCUUUUCCUAUUGUGUGCAAACACUGUAUA